AUGAAUCGUGAUGCUAUAUGGUUCAUGCGACUGACCACUAUAACUCAAGCAGUGAUCAUCGUACUUUAUCCGAUUCUGGUGCUUUCUGUUAGAUCUACCGCUCACAUGAUGCCAAGGAUUUUGAACAAAACUCUUGCCACUUUCGUCUAUAUUUUCAACUGGUACUGUGUACUGGUUCCAAUGGUGAUGAUCUAUGCGGCGAAACAGACCCGAACACAACGACGACGAAAAAUCGAUUCCGUUAUGGAGAAGCAAGUUUUCGGCGAAGAAGGAUCCGACUAUUAUUUUGCCUUGCUGAAGGAUCAGUGGCAGCAGGGGACCGGUGGAAAAUCGUGA